UUGACAUUGUAAACACUCCUCAACUUCUUCUGGCUCAGACAAUGGUUUUAUACUUUACUAGCGAAAUUGUCGAUCCUCCUGUCACCAUUUAUAUGGGAAAGGACAAGUUUGAAAAUAAUGAUUUAAUCAAAUAUGGCUUUCCUGAAGAUGUUUGGUUUCACGUCGAUAAACUUUCCAGCGCACACGUAUAUGUUCGUUUACAACCAGGCCAAACUUGGCUCGAUAUUCCACCGCAAGUUGUUGAUGACUGCGCACAACUCGUCAAAGCGAACAGUAUUGAAGGCAAUAAAAAGAACGGUAUCACCGUCAUCUAUACUCCAUGGGAUAAUUUGAAACGAACACCAGGCAUGCCUACAGGUCAGGUUACCUUCCACAAUCACAAAAAAGUUAAACGUGUCUUUGUCGAAAAAAGAGUCAAUGAAGUUGUGAAUCGUCUCAACAAAACUAAAGUCGAAAGAUAUCCUGAUUUAAUGCAAGAGAAGAUUAAUCGUGAAAAGAUUGAUCGAUUAAAAGCGCGUGAGGAAGAAUUUAAGGAAAAGGAAAGGGCAAAGAUAUUGGCAGAAGAAAAGAGGAAGGCAGAAAAAGAGAUUCAAGAUCUAUUUGAUCCUUCGCAGAUGAGAAGUAACUGGCGAGAAGAGGAAGUUGAAGAUAUUAAUGCUGCUGAGGAGGAUUUUAUGUAAAAUAAUAGUCGUUUGGGUUAUAACUGAUGCUGUACAAUAAAGAGCUUAUUUGCGUAGAUAUACAAUCAUAUCGGAGUGGGCAUUAUGUUGAAGUCAAUUGAUUUUGC